UGGUGCAGGUACAGCAGAGGAGUCUCACGCACAGGGACAGCACGCUGUUCCCACACUGUGCUCCACAGGCAUGAAUCGGGAAGAACAUUUCUACUCAGCUAGUCAACUUUACAAGGACUCCUGUGCCUAUCAGAGGCAACACAAUGAGGAGUACAGCCCAAGCCCGCCACCGUGCCUUUACAUGACCAGGCAGAACCAAUCCGUUUAUGCUUCUCCUACCGUAGGCACCCAAGACCAACUCAGCCAUCUUCCUGAUAUCACGACUUAUGUGCCCGGACGAGAAGACCUGGCAGUGCCUCACCUGCACCACUCGCAAGUCCAACAGCUCCCUCUCCAAACUUUCACGGGUUAUGGAGACUCUCUGGACCUGUGCUCAGAACGAAACAGAUGCCAUCUUCCUUUCCCUUGGAUGAAAUCGACAAAAUCUCACACACAUGCUUGGAAAGGACAAUGGACAGGUCCGUACUCGGCGGAGCCCGAGGAGAGCAAGCGCACGCGUACGGCCUACACGCGCGCGCAGCUGCUCGAGCUGGAAAAGGAGUUCCUCUUCAACAAGUACAUCUCGCGGCCGCGGCGCGUCGAGCUCGCGCUCACGCUCAGUCUCACCGAGCGCCACAUCAAGAUCUGGUUCCAGAACCGGCGCAUGAAGUGGAAGAAGGAGGAGGACAAGCGGAGGGCACGCGGCACGGACCCCGAGCAAGACUCCUCCGUUACCUCCGGCGACCACAGAGACGAUGCGUGUGGCACGCUGGCGGCACCGCUUUCACCUUCACCGGCACACACCGCGCCUCCCGUUCCGCGAGACCCCGCAUAAGGCACUGAAGCGGUGCUGUCAUUCAGGACCCUGUUUAAAAAGACUUUUGAGCUCAAAAACUUUGUAAGUUUGUACAUUAAAGCUACAGGCGACGUCAUCACCAGUGUGCAUGGUCCAGAAUUAGUGGAGAGGAGGGUGAACACUGUUAAAGUGGGAUGCGUUUAAAAUAGCACGUUUUUUCCCCCGUCACUUCACAGCACACCUUUAUAUAUAUAUGUGUGUGUGUGUGUGUGUGUUUGCAUAUAUAUAUAUAUAUAUGUAUAUACACACACCAUACCAUUACAAACGCACAGUGGCGCUUCUUACAGCCUCUUUUUAACAGCCAUGUGUCAGGUGAGAUGCUGUUACUUUACCUGUUGUCUUUAAAUAAAGGGAAAUACAGAGGCUAAUCAUCUAAUGAACAUAUUUUAUUGUAUUUAUUUGGCUUGUAAUAUAUAUGCAUAUAUGUGUAUAUGUACAUAUAUAUCUUCUUACACAAUCCAGGUGUGAUACUUUUUUGGCAACUUGAAAUUUACAUUGAAAAUCUUUUCAAUUUACUCUUAAAUCCAUAAAGCAUCAGCUCAAUCCAUCACUGAAGCAAAUACAGACGAAGAUACAGAAGAUCGAGCUUAAGUGUCCCACUUGACCAAUAUUCACCCUACAUUAAAAAGUACUCCGCUCGAGACGACUAAUUCAAACACAUCAUCACGUAUAGCUUAAAUUCUUUGUCAUAAUACGAUGUGCAGAUUUCCCUCCUGCUGAAAGGUCAAACCAGCAACCUGUUGCCAAAACACAAGCCAAACUGUUCAUACCAGGAGACCAUAUUUUCCAUCUGGUGAGUUAUUUUCUAACUUCAUUAACUGAUCAAUAGUUGCCUGAAAUGUUCUAAUUGUGUUAGUGCUUUGUUUUUUUAUUUAUC